UUUAACUGCACAUCAAGGUAAUUUGUGAACGGAAAACAGAAAACGAAAUUAUAUACCAGGGCCUUGUUGUGUAGCCUGGAUUUUUAAAUUUUUGAACUUGUUUAUUAGAUACAUGCACUAACUUCAUCCAUUGUCCACAGACUCGUGAAUUGUUUUUUUCACAUUAUUUUGUCAUGAAGAACGUAAUAUUCUUAUGAGAUUUAUGACUUAAGAGCUAUAUGAUUUUAGAAGUGCUUUUCUAUGAAUUUAAAACUAUACGAUUUCCAAAUCUCAGAAUUUAUAUAAAGCCUAAUGACAACGGAAACACUGAAAGAAAAGGAUAUCGGUAAUUGCGAAUGCAGUGAAAAAAUAUCUGAGGAAAAAAAAGUAUUGGGCCAACCGUCAAGCAUGGAGUAUCAGUCACUUGUUGCGUAUUGGUUGCUUAAAGUCAUGUAUGCGCAUUAGUCGAUUGUAGGACAUUACAGAAAUGAUUCUAAAAAUCUUAAUUGAAGAUACCGAUGAUGAUGAUUAUAAAUUAACUUUAAAAAAUCUUUGGGGUACAGAUAUAGCUAAUUAUUUUUUAAAUCCAAAUUUUCAAAAAACUACAAAAAUUAAAACAAUUACAAAUCAAUCAAUUACCAAUCAAUCAAUUACAAAUCAAUCAAUAAAUGAUAAUCUUUUCAUUGGUGGUUAUCCAAAUGGUAUGUUACAUGGUGCUCGUAUACCAUUUCAUUAUAAAUUAAAAUCAUGGUUAUUUGAUUUAAAACAAAUUAAUAUGAAUCAAUCAAUUGAUAAUCGAAAAUCGAUAAAAUCAAUAAAAUCGAUUAAAUCAAUGAAAUCAAUAAAAUGUCCUAUAAUUUCUCAUUCACCAACUAGAACAAAUAGUGUAUUUAAUUUAAUUGAUUUAUUAAAAUAUCAUAUAGGAACAAAUUAUAGUGCACAAUAUUUAUGGAAUUUAUUAAGAUAUAAAUCAUAUGAACAAUUAAUUAAUUAUGAAAAACAAUUAACUAAUGAAGAACAAAUUACAUAUAGUGCAUUUACACAUGAUUAUGUAUUAAAGGGGAAAGAAAAGCCACCUUUAUGUGAUUUCAUUCGUGAAAAUCCAUCAAAUUCAUUAAUGAAUAUCAUGAAACAAAUAAAAUCACCAUCGAUUGAGAAACAAUUACGUAAAAUGAAUUUAUCUGUAUCAUGGGCUAAUAGAAAUCAAGAUCAAUUUCGUAUGAUCUCAUUUCAACAAAAUUUAAAAGAUGCAAUCAAAUCCAUUGAAAAUAAUCAGUUCACAUCUUCAUUAUUGAAUCAUCAUCAAAUAAAAAUAAAGCAUGAAUUGGAUUCGAACUUAAAAUUGAAUGAUCAACAAGUUGAUCAAUUAAUGUCAUUCUAUCCUACGUUGAAAAAUAAACAAAAUGAAACAUUCAUUGAUAAUGAUAUUCAACCAUUAGAAAAUUACUUUCCAGAUUACUCUAAAAUACAAGAUUCCAUCAAGAAAAUAUCAAAAUUACCUAAUAGUGAAACUAUGACAAAGAGGUCAACCAAAUCAUUUGAUCAUUUAUCAUUUUGGCAUGCAAAUCAAUCAAUCAAGUCUCCAAAGAAAACUGAAAUAAAAUAUCAAUCUAUAAACAAUAAACAAGAGAAAACUUCAUAUCAACUUAAAUCUUUAAGAAAACCAUCUAAUAUUUCAAUAUCUACUUCACCAGUUGACAAGAAAUUACAACCUCUUUGUUGGUCUGAUCUACUUGAAACCAAUAAACAAAAAAGAGAUUAUUCUAAACACAUUAGUGAAUUAUAUUCAUCAUUAUCUAAUGAGAAUUCAAGAAAUAAUUCAAUGGAUUGUUCAUUUAUAAAGAAAACAUUAUGGAAACCAGCUAAAGCAAUUGUAUCAUAACUUUAUAAUAUUACUUUGUCUUCAUCAUCAUCUUCUUCUUCAUCGUUGUCCACACUGUCAGGAUACUGUAACUUGGUGAAUUAUCUUUGCUUUUUUUAUAUUAUUCAGAAUCCCAAUGAUAACAAAGAGUUAUUAGAAAAAAAUAACACAGAAUGGUUGUUUCGUUCUAAUAUGGGACUAUUAAGCAAAGCGCAUAUGAAACAGUAUCAUACAAGGAAUUGAAACCAAGACUUAUGG